AUGAUUUUUGAACCCACUCCUGACACUGACUGUUCAUGUGGAAUCGUUAAUUUUCGCAUGUUUAAUGUUAGGUAUGCAUAUACUUUUGACCAACUUGCUGAUUUGCUACAUUUUCCCCACGGAAAUAAAAUGGUAUGCGAGGUUCCUUAUACUGAGAGAUGGAAGAAUUAUUUUCAACCAUUUUGGAGAGCCAUAACGGGUACAGUAACACAUAGCUUUAAAGGCAACACAACCAUAAGAUAUUUCAGCCAGCUCUUGGCCUGCACUAUUUUUGGUCGGCCAAAUUCUAACAAAGUGAAUGAAAAAGAAUUAUUCUACCUGUUCACCACUUUUGUGCCCGAAAAGGUUAACAUUGUUUCGUUCAUGAUAUCUCACAUGUUUGCAAUAGUCACUGCGAAAAAGGGAGCAAUAGUCUUUGGCGGAUUAAUAACCUCCAUAGCUCGAGUCCUAUGA